AUGUCGCAUCAAACUGGUAUUAAACCUAAUGAAGCUCUGAAAAAAUAUUUUUGUCAAUGCAAAGACGGGAAAACUAGAGCUAUUAAAAUUUCAAUUGAAAAUGGAGAAUUGAUAUUGGCUGAUAAAAAAAAAGUCAACAAGUCUUGGGAUAUUGAUUUUGAAUGCACAAUGCAAUCUUUUAUUGUAGAAAAUGAACCUUGUUACAUUUUAUAUAGGUUAGAUGUAAAAAGUUCAAAUGAAUAUAACUGGUUGUUUAUUAUGUGGGUUCCCGAUUCAUCAUCAGUGAGGCAAAAAAUGCUGUAUGCAUCCACCAAAGCUACUUUAAAACAAGAGUUUGGAACAAACUGCAUUAAAGAUGAAUUUUUGGCUACAACCCUAGAUGAAAUUACAUUACAAGGUUAUAAAUCAUAUAAAGAAGAUAGAAAAGGUCCAGCUCCAUUAACUAAUAGAGAAGAAGAAAUGAAGGAGAUUUUAAUUCAUCAAAGAGCAAGUGCUAGUGAAAUAAAUAUUGAUUCAAAGCAAAAAACAUUUUCAGGCAUAUUAUUUCCAAUAUCAGACAAUGCUAAAGAAGCCCUUUUAAAAAUUUCAGAGAAAAAAAUUGAUUAUGUUCAAUUAGAAAUAGAUAUCGAACAAGAAAAAAUUCAACUUGUCGAAUGCUGCAAAUUAGAUGCAAUAGAUCUCAGCAAAAAAGUGCCAAAAAAUUCUGCGAGAUACCAUUUUUUUUUGUUUAAACAUAAAUACAAUGGUAAUAGUUUAGAAAGUUUGAUAUUUAUUUAUUCAAUGCCCGGUUAUGUUUGUACUAUUAAAGAAAGAAUGCUUUAUUCAAGUUGUAAAGGACCUUUAUUGGAAACUGCAGAAACUUUAGGUGUUAAAAUUGAUAAAAAGUUGGAAAUAGACUCUGGAGAAGAUUUGACAGAAAGUUAUCUAAUGGAUGAAAUUCAUCCCAAAGAGCAUGCUGUUAAUCGUGGCUUUGAUAAACCAAAAGGACCACCGAAUAGAGGAGCAAAAAGAUUAAUAAAAUUGCAAAAAUAA